AUGACGGAAAAACCUCUGGGCUUCGGUUACCAGAUUGGUGCCGGGGCUAUUGCUGGCGUCUCUGAGAUCCUCAUAAUGUAUCCUUUGGAUGUAGUCAAGACCAGAGUGCAACUUCAAGGCAGAACGCCCGUCCCCGGUCAAGACUACUACACUGGCAUGUUCGACUGUCUGCGCAAGAUUGUCAAGAAUGAAGGUCCCUCCCGGCUAUAUCGUGGUAUCGGCGCGCCCAUAAUGAUGGAGGCACCCAAGCGAGCGACAAAGUUCGCGGCGAAUGACUCCUGGGGUGUAUUUUACCGUAACCUCUUCGGCGUGGAAAAGGCCACUCAACCGCUCGCCAUCCUCACGGGGGCAACAGCUGGCGCGACAGAGGCGUUCGUCGUCGUCCCCUUCGAACUCGUCAAGAUCAGAUUACAAGACCGCGCUUCGGCGGGAAGAUAUAACGGAAUCCUGGACUGCGUUGUCAAGACGGUGAAGGCGGAGGGACCCUUGGCCCUCUACAACGGAUUGGAAUCAACCCUGUGGCGACACAUCCUCUGGAACGCAGGCUACUUUGGCUGCAUCUUCCAAGUCAAGUCGCUCAUGCCCAAAGUCGACAAGGCGGAGCGUGGAAAGGCCAUGCUCAACGACUUCAUUUCCGGCACGAUCGGUGGCACCGUCGGGACGAUCCUCAACACCCCGAUGGACGUGGUCAAGUCGCGGAUCCAGAAUUCGCCCAAAAUCAGUGGAACGGUGCCCAAGUAUAACUGGGCCUGGCCCGGUCUGGGCACGAUCAUGAAGGAGGAAGGCGGCGCGGCCCUGUAUAAAGGAUUCCUGCCGAAAGUGCUGAGACUGGGUCCCGGAGGCGGAGUCUUGCUUGUCGUCUAUACCGGAGUCAUGGACUGGUUCCGGAAGAUGGGCGCUCAACCUAUUGGCUGA